AUGUCUUCCACCGCAGGAAGCUUCCUUGGCCGUUCGGCUAACAGCAAUUCCAAUAUGCGAGGCCUGGUACAGUUCAUUGCCGAUCUGAGGAAUGCUAGGGCGCGUGAGCUGGAGGAGAAGCGCAUAAACAAAGAGCUGGCGAAUAUUCGCCAAAAGUUCAAAGAUGGAAACCUGAGUGGGUAUCACAAGAAGAAGUAUGUGUGCAAGCUCUUAUACAUAUACAUUCUUGGCUGGAACGUCGACUUUGGCCACCUCGAAGCCGUGAACCUUAUUUCUGCUAGCAAGUUUUCGGAAAAGCAGAUUGGUUACUUGGCCAUGACCCUUUUCCUACACGAGAAGCACGAACUCCUACAUCUAGUCGUGAACAGUAUAAGAAAGGAUCUUCUUGACACAAACGAGCUGUUCAACUGCCUUGCCCUUCACGCCAUCGCCAAUGUCGGAGACAUUGGCGUUGCCUUGUCCGUCACUUCUCUCGUCAUGACUUUAGCCCAGGAUAACCUGGACCAUUACAAGGGAGCGUACGCCAAGGCCGCGGGAAGGCUGAAGCGCAUCCUGGUCGAUGGGGAGUAUACGCAAGACUAUCUCUAUUACAAGGUGCCCUGCCCCUGGCUGCAAGUGAAGCUCCUCCGCCUUCUUCAAUACUUCCCCCAUCCGGAUACCCAUGUGCGCAACAUGAUCCGCGAUGCCCUUCAAAAGGUUCUUGAUACUGCCAUGGAGCCAACCAAGAACGUGCAGCAGAACAAUGCGCAAAACGCUGUUUUGUUCGAAGCCAUCAACCUCAUCAUUCAUCUCGACACGGAAGAGACACUCAUGAUGCAGAUUUCUACGCGUCUUGGAAAGUUUAUCCAAUCUCGCGAGACUAAUGUCAGAUACCUUGGUCUGGAGGCCAUGACACAUUUGGCGGCCCGCGCUGAAGACCUGGACCCCAUCAAGGCCCACCAAGAAAUUAUCCUUGGCUCUCUAAAGGAUCGAGACAUUAGCGUGAGGAGAAAGGGUCUGGACCUCCUGUACAGCAUGUGCGACUUUAGCAACGCUCGCGUCAUCGUGGGCGAGCUUCUCCAGUACCUGCAGAACGCCGACUUUGCUAUCCGCGAGGAGAUGGUGCUCAAGAUUGCCAUCUUGACGGAGAAGUACGCCACCGAUGUGCAGUGGUACGUGGAUAUCUCGCUCAGGUUGAUCGCCAUGGCAGGCGACCACGUGAGCGACGAAGUAUGGCAGCGCGUAAUCCAGAUUGUGACAAACAACGAGGAGCUCCAAGUUUACGCCGCACAGCAUUCACUACAGUACGUCAAGCAGGACCACUGCCACGAGACCCUCGUCAAGAUUGGCUGCUACAUCCUCGGAGAAUUUGGGCACCUCAUCGCGGAUCAGCCCCGUCAUGCGAUCGACGCCGAGCUCCAGCAGCGGGCGUGCGAGUACCUGGCGCUUGUCCAUAUGCCAACGGAUGAUUUGCUGAGGACGGUGUGCGAUGAGAUGCCGCCCUUCCCCAAACGACAAUCCGCUCUCCUGUCCCGUCUGCACGAGAAGCACGCGAAUACCAGCGAUAAGAGAACCUGGAUCGUCGGUGGCAAGUCGGCGAACUCGGAUGCGGCAGAGGUGGGCAUGGUCAAGAACCCUGGGCUCAAGAGGACGUUUAGCUCCGGCGUUGCCCUCAAUACGAAUGGGGGCGUUGCCAAUGGUGGUGGCGCACACGGGAAUAGUGGCAACGUCAAUGGCAAUGGCAAUGGCCAGGGUAGUGGCGGCGCGAGCGACCUUGCGGGCUUGGACAUGCUCAACAUUGGUUCGGCCGAGCCCAAGAUGCUUAAGGCGCCCAACUUGGCGAGCGCAGCGCACUUGUCGCCCGGCUGGGAACCCGGCUAUAAUAAGUUGCUGGUACGAUCAGACGGCGUUCUGUUCGAGGAUGGCCAGAUCCAGAUUGGUGUCCGGUCCGAGUACCGUGGCGAGAUGGCGUGCCUCAUUCUUUACUUUAGGAAUAGGACACCCACCUAUAUGGGCUCGUUCACGACAACGCUCGAUCUCGACGAGGCGGAAAAGACCAAGCUGACGUGGGAUGUCAAGGGUCUGCCGGACAGCAACAUAUCUCAGGGUGCGCAGUCGCAGCAGGUCAUCAUGUUCGAGGCCAAGACCGUGUUCGAGAAGAGCCCGACCAUCCGUAUUAGCUACCUGGCGGGCGCGCUGCAGGCGCUCACGCUGAAGCUGCCGGUGGCGAUACACAAGUUCAUGGACCCGGCGGACCUCACGGCGGAGGACUUCUUCAAGAGGUGGAAGCAGAUUGGAGGCGCGCCGCGGGAAGCGCAGCGCAUCUUUGGGCUCGCGAGCAGCAAGGACGGGGAGAGGGAGCUGACGGAAGGCUUCCUGCGGGCGGUGAUUGAGGGCUUCCGGUGGAAGGUGCUGGACGGCGUGGACCCCAACGCGAAGAACCUGGUCGGCGCUAGCGUGCUUCAUACCUCACAAGGGGGCAAAUUUGGCUGCUUGAUGAGGCUGGAGCCGAAUUACGGUACAAAGAUGGUGCGCUUGACGAUUCGUGCGACGGAUGACGCCGUCCCUAGCAUCUUGCUCAAGUUGAUGGAGGCACGGAUCGCGGCGGGCUUCUCGACGAAAGCAGAGGCACGGGGACCACAGAUGCCUACGCGAAGCGAGAUUUCGGACGCAUUCAAGAACGUCAUGGUAGCGUAG